ACGCAUGCGCAGCAGGCGGGGCGUUGCGUUGCUAGGGCGGGAGAGGCCCUUGGUUACCGGACUCUGCUGUUUGGCCGGCGGGGCCGCGAGACGAUGGUGGUGACUUCUCAGGUGACUAUGGAAGGAGAUCUUCGGAAUGUAAUUGUCUUCAACGCUUCCAAAAAAGAGAUUUUUACUAUCAAUAGCGGCUAUAGGACUCUACAGAAAAGGCUUCGUAGUAACUGGAAAAUACAGAGUCUGAAAGAUGAAAUCACUUCAGAGAAGUUGACUGGGGUAAAACUAUGGAUUACAGCAGGACCCAGAGAAAAGUUUACAGCUGCUGAAUUUGAGGUUCUAAAGAAGUAUUUAGAAAGUGGCGGGGAUAUCUUGGUGAUGCUGGGAGAAGGUGGCGAAUCUCGAUAUGACACCAACAUCAACUUCUUAUUGGAAGAAUAUGGGAUCAUGGUCAAUAAUGGUAAUGCCAGAAUAGACACUGUCCUAUUAUCAGCCUUGAAAAUGUUUAUACAUAGAAAUUAGAACAAGUAGCCAAUUUAUUUAGGCAUGUUUGCUAUUUUUAUAUCCAGGACUAAUAGUGUUAAUCCAAAGGAGGACUAGUUUGAUUGUGGGUUUGCCAGUUGUUUCUCUU